AUGACCAAAACUGUCACAGCAACACGCCAUCAUCAAGGAGUGGGCAGAACGGACAUUGGGGACUCCAAAACCUUUUAUGCCCACUUAACCGUCACAAACGUGGUAGAAUGGCAUUACAAGAAUGGUCAGCUGAGCGUUCGACAAAUUGAAAUAACGGAUUCUGAACCAAGUCAGCUAUUGAAGAUGUUGGCCUCUGGAGUGUGGACGGCCCAGGAAGUUCUUCUUGCAUUUAUCGCCCGGACUAUCAUCGCUCAUCAUCUUACCAAUCCCCUAACCGAUCCCAUGUUUGAUCGAGGGUUCCGCCGAGCUAUAGAACUCGAUGAUUAUCAUCGCAGAACAGGCAAGACUGUUGGGCCACUUCAUGGGUUACCAAUUAGCUUGAAAGAUGUUUUCAACGUCCAAGGAAUGCCGACGACUCUUGGUUUUGUUGCCCGAGCAAACGUCCACCCCCUACACUCUGACGAGCUGGUCAAUCGACUCUCAGCAGCUGGUGCUAUCUUUUAUUGCAAGACGAAUAUUCCUCAGUCACUUAUGUCUGGCGAAUGCCACAAUUUCCUCUUCGGAAGAACAGCGACACCGUAUAACACUACCUUGUCCGCAGGAGGGCCAAGCGGGGGUGAAGGCUCGCUCAUAGCUCUCGGAGGCAGUCCCCUAGGAAUUGGAACCGACAUCGCUGGGUCAAUUCGCACGCCGGCGAACUUCAAUGGUAUAUACGGCCUAUGUCCCACGCAUGGUCGAUUCCCUCUUCAUGACGCCGAGCAGGCGAACGCGGGGUAUCUGAUCAACGGUGUCGCAGGACCAUUGUCUAGAAGCAUCGACGGACUGGAAGUAUAUGCGAGAACAUUAUUAUCUAUAAAGCCAUGGGAGUGGGAUUCCGCGUGCGAGCGGCUCCCAUGGGAUGAGCAAGCCUACCAAGAAACCCUGCGCAUCGGAUUAAGCGGUAAACACCAGCUCUUUCAAGUUGUGGAUGUCCAGCUAUUUGACGGAACGGAAGGCAUGUGGGAAAUGAUUACUCGUAUUUUCAAUGCAGAUGGAGGAAAUGCGGUCAGAGAAGAGAUCGCCAAGUCUGGAGAGCCCAUAUCAGAGGAGAUUGAGCUCGCCAACCCAGGGGAUGCAAUGAGCAUACGCCAACUUCUUGAUCAUGGAAAAAAGAUUCUGAGAAUCCGGCAAAAAAUACUUAGCAAGUGGCAGAGCACAUCAUCCUUGACCGCAACAGGGCGACCGGUAGACGUGUUCAUCCUACCUUCAGGAUGUCAUGUUGCCCCUCCACACGGAACCAUGAAGUACUGGCUUUAUGAAGCUAUUUCCAAUAUCCUCGAUUGGACAUGUGCUACAAUUCCUGUUGGAUACGUUGACCCCCUCGAGGAUCCAAAGCCUAGCAAAGGCGGACAGUUUAAGCCUCUAUCGAGUUUCGAUCGUGAUAAUUGGGAUCUGUAUUCCCCUGAGCUAUAUGCAAAUGCUCCUAUUUGCCUUCAGAUAUUAGGGCAGAAAUUCACGGAAGAGAAGAUUCUGGCGUGCUUAAGAGUUAUUGAAGCAUCAUUGAUGGUAUCUAAACAGGAGGAACGCAAUCAAGAUGUGUGA